CGUUGCCUGGCAUUCCCGCCCCAUAAAACGCCCCACUCCCCACAGCCUUAACUCGACAAAAUGCAGAACAACGACUCUCUCUCCGACAAAAUCAUUAGCUACCGGAGGGUUAUUUUAGUCAUUUCGCUACCUUUAUUACUCGUCUCAUUCGUUUUGUUUCUUGUGAGUUCUCCCAACGAUGUCGUUUUAUCAACCAGCCGCAAGCUUUACGUAGUGCAGACUGAGUCGUCAUCAUCGGAUAAGUAUGCUGUGAUAUUCGAUGCGGGUAGUUCGGGGAGUAGAGUUCAUGUGUUCUGUUUUGAUCAGAAUUUGGAACUUGUGCACAUUGGCAAUGAACUUGAGCUUUUUGAGCAGUUGAAACCAGGUUUGAGUGCAUAUGCAGCCAACCCGAAGGAGGCUGCAAAUUCUCUUCUACCAUUAUUAGAAAAAGCCGAAAAGGUUGUUCCACAAGAUAUGCGCAAAAACACACCAGUUAAAGUCGGGGCAACUGCGGGUCUGAGACAGUUGGGAGGAGAUACAUCUGAAAGAAUUUUGCAAGCUGUGAAAGAUCUUCUAAAAGCUAAGAGCAGCCUUGAGACAAAUGAUGAUUGGGUUACGGUUUUGGAUGGAACUCAAGAAGGCGCUUACCAAUGGGUGACGAUAAAUUAUCUGUUAAAAAAUCUAGGCAAGAACUAUUCAAGCACUGUUGGCGUAGUUGAUCUUGGUGGCGGAUCAGUACAAAUGGCGUAUGCUAUUUCAGAAACAGAUGCGGCGAAGGCUCCAAAGACAACAAAAGGAGAGGAUCUUUAUGUGAAAGAAAUGUUUCUCAAGGGAACCAAAUAUUACCUUUAUGUUCACAGUUAUUUGAACUAUGGAUUAUUAGCCGCUCGAGCUGAGAUCCUCGGUAUUGCAAAAGACGCUCACAGCCCAUGCAUCUUGGCUGGUUAUAAUGGGGUUUAUACGUAUGGAGGAAUUGAUUACCAAGUUUCCGCACCUUCGUCUGGUUCAAGCAUGAACAAGUGCAGAAAAGAAGUCUUAAAAGCUCUAAAAGUAAAUAAUACAACUUGCACACACUCGAAAUGCACUUUUGGUGGCGUAUGGAAUGGUGGUGGCGGUGAUGGUCAAAAGCGUUUGUAUGUCGCUUCUUUUUUCUUCGAUCGAGCUGCUGAGGUCGGUUUUAUUAAUGGAAGUAAACCUGUUGCCAAAGCUCGUCCGCAAGAUUUCCAGGUGGCGGCUCAGCGUGCUUGUCGAACAACACUUGAAGAUGCAAAAUCUAAAUAUCCUGAUGUGGACCCCGCUAACCUACCCUAUUUAUGCAUGGAUCUUGUGUAUCAAUACACUCUGCUUGUAGAUGGUUUUGACCUGAAACCGCGGAAACAUAUUACACUCGUGAAACAAGUUGAGUACCAAAAUUCACUGGUUGAAGCUGCAUGGCCGUUAGGCAGUGCAAUCGAAGCAGUGUCAGCAGCCAUCUAACCACCACCAACGCCACCACUGCCUCUACUACAUAAUUAAUUGUAUCAUGUGUGAAACUGGUUCCCGGUGGGUUGUUGCCAGAUCAGCAAGUCGGUAGAUGCUCUAAGGUUACCAGAAAACAUUCUAUUCGUCAUCAGUUUUUUAUUGUUUUGUUCCUAGAAGAUAAUGUGUGUGUGUGUGUGUGGGGGGGGGGGGGGGGGGGGGGUAGGUAUUUGCACGGACCUCCCAUCCGCCGGAGUAUUACAACUCCGCAGCUAGCCUAGCCCCAUGGCUGCAUGGCGGUGAAUCCCCACCGAGAUCGAAGAGCCUGUGUGGUAUUACACCGGCCACAGGAUUCGAACCCGGGUCUCUAGAAGAUAUGGGAACCUAGUCAAGUUAAUUUUUCACUUUAAGCUGCAGAUGGUUUCAUUUGUAUUGGUGUGUUCUAUUCGAUACGAAUGUAAACUAAAACACUAUUUGUAUGAUUGUUUCGUGGUUUUAA